AUGGCUGCUGCCUCUCGCGCGCGCAGCAGCAGCAGCGCCGCUCUGGCGCUGCUGCUGCUGCUGCUGCUGCAGCAGCAGCAAAAGGGAGCAGCCUUUGAGGCCCCCGCACACGAAGCCAUCUCAAUGACAGCUCUAUCAGGUCUGACAAUGCAAGCGAACCAAGCGCUCCGCCGGUUGCUCAACGGAAAGGACGUAGCAGAUGUGUCCGGCUGGGCGCACCGCGUGACGGAGAAGUACCCGCUGACUGCGCCGCUGCACUUCCAGCGGCAGCAAACUUGUCCUUCGCCGCCGCCGACAGCAGCAAAUACGGAAAUCCAGCGCAGCCUCUGCAGCAGCAGCAGCGCAGCAGCAGACGGCUGCUUGCUGGAGGCCCUCACCUACUUCUUCUACAGACUCACGGCCCCGGAGAAAAACCAGGAACCCAGGGACCCAGCUGACCCUGUGAUACGCACGGACAAGUUUGUUUUUCCCCACGGCAUCGAAACGACAGACGCAGACGCAGUGAAAUAUGUAAUUAAUCUCAUCGGAGAUAUGCACGAGCCCCUCCACUGGGGCUCUUCGGAAGACGACUUCGGCAGGACCAUUUUCGUCGAAUACGAAGCAGGAGACGGCACGCGGGAAAAGCAGCGCAGCAGUUUGUACGAGUUCAUCGAAGGCGCUUUCAUCAAAAAGAUUAUGGGCGAGAGGCAGACCUUCUGGUACUCAGGUUGGACGCAUGUGAAUUCGGUGAAGUCUUUUUACGAAGAAGAGAAGACAGUAUUUGCGGCGCGGAAAGAAACGUAUUUUUUAUCUUGGGCGCGGGAAAACCGAGCUUUGCUUUGCGCAGAAAUCUACCCGCUGCUGAGUCGCAUGACGAAGAAGAAGGACGAGCCAAAUGUGUAUGUGCUGGACAGAACUUCGGAGUUUCUCUUCUUCGAAAUCAUCAAAAAACGCAUCCUGGUUGCUGGAGCUAGAACAGCAGUUGUGAUGAAUCACAUUUUGCAGGUUCGCGGCCUCGACGAAGGGCUCGGCCAGCUCCGCGCGGGCAGCGGAAUACAAGACGUUCAAGAAACGGCGGACGCGCGGCCCCCCGCCGCGGGCGAAAGCUACCUCGCCUUCAGACGCUGCAUUUCCACGGACUCCAAUCUGGUGCAGCCGCUGCUAAGCACCUACCAAACACCAGCAGCAGCAGCAGCAGCAGCAGGAACAGCAGCAGCAGCACUAGCAGCAGUGGCAGAGCAGCAGCAGUAG